CUAGUGUUGAAUCAGUUAUCAUCAUGCCUCCUAAAACGAGCGGUAAAGCUGUGAAAAAGUCGGGCAAGGCCCAGAAGAACAUUACUAAGUCCGACAAAAAAGGACGCAAGAAGAAGCGUAAGGAAAGUUACGCCAUCUACAUCUACAAAGUGUUGAAACAAGUUCAUCCUGAUACUGGUGUUUCCAGUAAAGCCAUGAGCAUCAUGAACAGUUUCGUCAACGACAUCUUUGAACGUAUCGCAGCUGAGGCGUCCAGACUUGCGCAUUACAACAAACGUUCCACCAUCACUUCCCGGGAAAUUCAAACUGCAGUGCGUCUGUUAUUACCCGGUGAAUUGGCUAAGCACGCCGUCAGUGAAGGAACCAAAGCCGUCACCAAGUACACCAGUUCUAAAUAAACUUACUAAUCCCUCGAUAAACCAAACGGCCCUUUUCAGGGCCACCAAAUUUUUUAAAACGUAUAUUUCAUUCAAGUUUUCAAUUAGCAUUCAAACAAUUUCAUAUUUUAUUUACGUUAUUGAAGUAUCCUUUCAAAGGACAAAAUGUAAAGACAGUAGGACACCCUCGGCGCUUUCGCACUCAAAGCGUACGAUAGGUGAUUUUUAUAUGAUCCUUAUUCAUAGAUAAAGACCCAAAUCAUUAAAUAAAAUAUUUCUUCCGAUGCAUAAGUUAUUAUUUAUCGAAUGAAAUCUUUCGCAUGCGGAAAUUUCAGUUUUUAUCGAAGAACGCCUAAUUUAAAAUUUCCAUUUGUUAAUGUGAGUGCAACAAGAACCAUUCGUUUGUUCACAUGUGUGAGCAAGAGAAUAUAGGCGGCAUAUCCUCUUGUAUCAAUAAUUUUUUUAAGGGGACCCGGUGGUCUAGAAGCUGAAAAUUUCAUGAUUUAAAAAAAAUUUUUCUUAUAUUUUAAUAAAAAUCAAACCUUCUGA